CUCCCACUUUUCUUGGAAGCCAAACCCUUUUGCAAUCUAUAUAAGGUUGACCACGCAGGGUUUGAGUGAUUGCAGAAACUGGCCUUCCACUCUGUCAGGGAACCCAACUUGGAGAUCAGUUAGGAUCUCUCAGGCAGUGAGGCCACCAUGGCUCUGGAGAAGUCCCUCAUCCUGUUCCCAAUGUUAGUCUUGGUGCUGCUGGUACUGGGGUGGAUCCCUCCCACCCUGGGCAAGGAAUCCGCGGCCAAGAAGUUCCAGCGGCAGCACAUGGACUCAAGCGGUGGUUCCUUCAGCCCCAGCCCCACCUACUGCAAUGAAAUGAUGAGGCGCCGGAAUAUGACAAAGGGCCACUGCAAGCCUGUGAACACCUUUGUGCAUGAGUCUCUGGAAGAUGUUCAAGCUGUCUGCACCCAGGAAAAUGUCACAUGCAAGAACGGGCAGACCAACUGCUUCCAGAGCAGAUCCAACAUGCACAUCACAGACUGCCGCCUGACCCGGGGCUCCAAGUACCCCGACUGUUCAUACAAGACCAGCCAGAAAGAAAGGCAAAUCAUCGUGGCCUGUGAGGGAAACCCGUAUGUGCCUGUCCACUUCGAUGCUUCUGUAGAGGGGUCCGCUUAAGUCCAGAGAAGGAGGAUGCCAUCCUCCCCAUGACCUGUCCUUGGGACGCUUGCCUCUCCCUUUUUCCUUCCUUGCUCUAAAAGAAAUAACUCCAAUUAGGGCUUCCAUCCAACACACAGAUGAGUCUUAUUCCUGCACAACUUUGGGGGACAGGAGUGGUUUGUGGCCCCAUGUUAAUUCCUUACCAUUUCUUCCAAUAAAACAUAGUUGCAAAUCA